AUGGCUGCUACCAUUGGCCUUGGCGCCGCAAAAACGAUGACAAUGGCAAUAGCAGCUAGGCACCUUCGCCUGAAACCUUACGCCACAACAACUGCACUUGCUUUUCUCUCACUCCACAAACCUCUAUUCAUCCCAUCCUCUCCCUUCUCCUUGCGCCGCCGUUCCUUCUGCGCCGCCGCACUUCGUACCUCCGACAACAGAGUGGAACAGUUCCGCAAGAAGCUUAGGGUUUCCGAAAUUAAAGAAGACGAUGACGCCGAUGUGCUCGGCCGCAACCUCGUCGUGCAGGGCUGGGUUCGCACGCUUCGCCUUCAGAGUAGCGUCACCUUCAUCGAGAUUAACGAUGGUUCUUGCCUUUCUAACAUGCAAUGCGUGUUGAACUCUGAGGCUGAAGGUUACGAUCAGGUAGAAUCUGGCUUAGUUACCACUGGUGCCUCCGUGUGGGUGCAAGGAGUUGUGGUGAAGAGCCAAGGAUCCAAACAGAAAGUGGAGUUGAAGGUCAACAAAAUAGUGCUGAUUGGCAAGAGUGAUCCCUCUUUUCCCAUCCAAAAGAAACGAGCCAGCAGAGAAUUUCUAAGAACAAAAGCACAUCUUCGUGCAAGGACAAAUACUUUUGGUGCAGUUGCAAGGGUUAGGAAUGCUUUGGCCUAUGCUACACAUAAGUUCUUCCAAGAAAAUGGGUUUAUAUGGAUCUCAAGUCCUAUCAUCACAGCUUCAGAUUGUGAAGGAGCGGGUGAACAGUUCUGUGUCACUACUUUGAUACCAAGUUCUCUAGAUACUACGGAUUCCCCUGUUGAUGCUAUUCCAAAAAAGAAUGACAGAUUAAUUGAUUGGUCACAGGACUUCUUUGGAAAACCAGCAUUCUUGACUGUGUCAGGUCAACUCAAUGCUGAAACUUAUGCAACCGCCCUCUCUGAUGUGUAUACUUUUGGUCCCACAUUCCGAGCAGAAAAUUCCAACACUUCUAGGCACUUGGCUGAAUUUUGGAUGAUUGAACCAGAGCUUGCAUUUGCUGAUCUUAAUGAUGACAUGGCUUGUGCAUCUGCUUAUCUCCAGUCUGUAAUAAGAUAUGUUCUCGACAAUUGCAAGGAAGACAUGGAGUUUUUUGAUACAUGGAUUAAUAAAGGAAUCAUUGAACGCUUGAGUGACGUAGCAGAUAAAGAUGUUGUGCAAAUAACCUACACUGAAGCGAUAGAUCUGCUGUCAGGAGCAAAUAAGAAAUUUGAAUUCCCGGUGAAAUGGGGCUGUGAUCUUCAGAGUGAACAUGAGCGUUAUAUAACUGAAGAGGCAUUCAAUGGAUGCCCUGUGAUAAUUAGAGAUUAUCCAAAGGAUAUUAAAGCAUUCUAUAUGCGACAGAAUGAUGAUGGAAGGACAGUUGCGGCCAUGGACAUGUUGGUUCCAGGGAUUGGUGAACUUAUUGGUGGAAGUCAAAGAGAAGAAAGGCUUGAGCAUCUAGAAGCUCGUUUAGAUGAUUUAAAGCUGAAUAAGAAUGCAUAUUGGUGGUAUCUUGAUUUGCGUCGAUAUGGUUCAGUACCUCAUGCAGGCUUUGGUUUGGGUUUUGAAAGACUUGUCCAAUUUGCAACAGGAAUGGACAAUAUAAGGGACGUUAUUCCUUUUCCUCGAACACCUGGCUCGGCUGAGUUUUAG